AUGGAUCCCUUUGACGUGGUUGUGUUCAAUGAGACUUAUGAUGGAAACUGGACAGAAGCAAUCAAUGGCACAAAGACAGAGAAGAAGUACCAGUACAACUAUUAUGCCAUGCUCCUGACUCUGCUCAUCUUUGUGAUUGUAUUUGGCAAUGUGCUGGUCUGCAUCGCUGUAUCCAGAGAGAAAGCCCUACAGACUACUACCAACUAUCUCAUUGUCAGCUUGGCAGUGGCAGACCUUCUUGUAGCCACCUUGGUAAUGCCUUGGGUAGUUUACCUGGAGGUGGUGGGAGAAUGGAGGUUCAGCAGGAUCCACUGUAACAUCUUUGUGACGCUUGAUGUCAUGAUGUGCACAGCGAGUAUCCUUAAUCUUUGUGCCAUCAGCAUUGACAGGUACACCGCUGUUGCCAUGCCAAUGCUCUAUAAUACCCGGUACAGCUCCAAGCGUAGGGUCACCAUUAUGAUCUCCAUUGUCUGGGUCUUGUCCUUUGCCAUAUCCUGUCCACUACUAUUUGGACUGAAUGAGACAGACACCAGGAAUGAUGCCACCUGCCUUAUCCACCACCCUGAAUUUGUUGUCUACUCGUCCAUUUUCUCGUUCUUCAUUCCCUUCAUUGUCACACUGUUGGUGUACGUGCAGAUUUAUGUAGUGCUACGGAAAAGAAGGAAGCGAGUGAACACCAAGAGAAGCAGCAGGUUUGAGUCAGAAAUCCAGGCACCAUUAAAGGAUAAAUGUACCCACCCAGAAGAUGUGAAGCUGUGUACAGUAAUUGUGAAAUCAAAUGGGAGCUUCCCCACUAAUAAAAAGAAAGUGGAGGCUGUCAACCACCAAGAUGAGUUGGAGAUGGAGAUGAUGUCUUCUGCCAGCCCCCCACUAGAGAAGACCAAGCUCAAAAUGGGAGCCACCAACCGCCAGCUGGCUGUGCCUACUCCCUCCAACCAGGGGGCUAGUUCUAGUCUGCCGUCUCCUGCGGGCAGCCCGGUGAAAGGUGAGAAGAAUGGGCACACCAAAAACAUAAGCAAAGCGGCCAAAGCUUUUGAAAUCCAGUCAAUGCCGAAUGGUAAAACAAGAACAUCACUCAAGACCAUGAGCAGGAGGAAGCUGUCCCAGCAAAAGGAGAAGAAGGCCACUCAGAUGCUGGCCAUUGUCCUUGGGGUCUUCAUUAUAUGUUGGUUGCCAUUUUUCAUCACCCAUAUCCUUAACAAGCACUGUAAAAAAUGUAACAUCCCUCAAGCCUUGUACAGUGCCUUCACCUGGCUGGGUUACGUCAAUAGUGCUGUGAAUCCAAUCAUUUAUACCACCUUCAAUAUAGAGUUCAGAAAAGCUUUCAUCAAAAUCCUCCACUGCUAA